CUUCGGCUCAUCGGUCUCACGGCCACGGUGCACUGACUUAGCUACCAAGCUCAACGCGAUCAACGUGCCUGCACAAGAACACGCGCGGCGGCGCCGACGAUCCCAUCGCGGCCACCGGCGAUAAUGGCGGCGAGCAGGCAAGCACCAGCGGCGGCCGACAACGUGGAUCCCGUCUACGAGUGGCUCGACGACGGCGACAGCUACCUCCUCCGCCUAAACCUCCCAGAGUUCAAGAAGGAGGAUUUCCGGGUGCACGUGGACGGCGAGGGCCGGCUCACCGUCAUCGGCCACCGCAAGCCCACGCCCGGCGCCGGCGGCGAGGGCAGUAAGGCGGUGCGGCUCCACAAGGCGUUCCAGCUGCCCAGCACGGCCAACCUCGACGCCGUCUCCGGCCGCUUCGACGGCACAUUGCUCACGCUCAAAGUGCCCAAGCUGCAGCAGGAGCAGCAACAGCCCGCCGCCGCGGGGCCGUUGCCUCCUCCAUCGACGCAGGCCAAGGAGGAGGCCGACGGCGGUAAGCCAGCUGGCCACGAGGACAAGGCGGCGUCGUCCCAGGCUGGCCGUGACGCGGAGACGGAGAAGGCGAGGGUCGAGGCGGGGAAGGCGGCGAGCUUGACGGCGAGAGGCAAGGAGGAAGACGAGAAGGCCAAGCCCGUGGCGGCGGCGCCGCCGCAUGCGACCGAGAAGGCGAGGCCGGGAGGUCAUCGAGACGACCAGGACGAGAAGGCGAGGGCCGAGCAAAGGGAGAAGGUCGCCCGCGAGGCCGCGCGCAGGAUCGAGGCGGCGCGGGCGAGGGUGGCGGAGGCCAAGGCCAAGGCGGAGCGGGAGAGACAGUGCGAGCACUGGAAGGAGCGCGCGGUGGAGGAGGGGCUCAAGCUGGCCGACGCGGUCAGCAAGAAGAAGGAGGUGAUCGCCACGGCCGUCGCCGCCUUCACGCUCGGCGUCUUCGUCUCCCACAAGCUCUUCUCCAGGAGCUAAUCGAUCAAACCAUCCACGAACAUAGUGAUGGAUGAUCAAACGACAGAGAGAUCGAGCACGUCGGGUAAAAUCAUUUGCGGGGCUUCAAGCCUUCUUCAUUCUUCGUGUGCGUUGCACAAGAUCGAUCACGCCACGGGUGAGAUGAGAUGUGUACGUAGCAUCGCUGUACUUGUAGAUAUACAAGUGUAAUUGUGACAAGGAGACAUCUACAUGUACUGCUGAAUGUUGAUCUUCCAUCAACUAGUGAACGAGUUUACACUGAAAAUCUUUACCAACGUGCA